AUGUUCAGAUACACUGCUGCAAAGGCAUUCUCAGCUGCUUCCAGAGCAGCUCUCAAGCCAACUAUGGCUUCGAGAUUUUACUCUUCUUCUAAAUUGUCCAAGACCAUCACGUUGCCAACGGGUGAAACCUACGAGCAACCGACCGGAUUGUUCAUCAACAACGAAUUUGUUUCUGGUAAGCAGGGCAAGACGUUUGGUGUUAUCAACCCAUCUACAGAGGAGGAAAUAUGUGAAGUUGCAGAGGCUAUGCCCGAGGAUGUGGAUUCCGCUGUGGAUGCCGCAGAGAACGCAUUCAACUCAGACUGGUCUUUUGGCGAUCCAGCCAAUAGAGGUAAGGUUCUUUACAACUUGGCAGACUUGAUGGAGGCUCACAAGAAGACUUUGACCUCUAUAGAGUCUCUGGACAACGGUAAGACUUUGGCCAACGCUGCAGGUGAUGUUGGUCUUGUUAUCAACUACCUCAGAUUUUGUGCUGGUUAUGCCGACAAGUUAGAUGGUGAGGUUGUUGACACAGGCUCGGGAUACUUGAACCUUGUCAAAAGAGAACCUUUGGGUGUUUGUGGUCAAAUCAUUCCUUGGAAUUUCCCACUUUUGAUGUGGUCUUGGAAGAUUGGCCCUGCUCUUGCCACAGGUAACACUGUUGUGCUUAAGCCAGCUGAGGCAACCCCAUUGUCUGCCCUUUACUCGGCUAAGUUGGCCAAAGAGGCUGGUGUUCCAGCUGGUGUCUUGAAUAUUGUUUCUGGUUUCGGUAAGACUACCGGUGAGGCCAUCGCAACCCACCCUAGAAUCAGAAAAGUUGCAUUCACCGGCUCCACCAGAACUGGUAAACAUAUCAUGACAGCUGCUGCCCAGUCUAACAUCAAGAAGGUCACUCUUGAGUUGGGUGGUAAGUCCGCCAACAUCGUCUUCAACGACUGUAACGUCGACAAGACCAUCCAGAACAUUAUCACAGGUAUUUUCUUCAACUCCGGAGAGGUUUGCUGCGCCGGUUCCAGAAUCUUCAUCCAGUCUGGUAUCUAUGACACCAUCAUAGAGAAAUUGAAGACCGCUGUUCAGGCUAUCAAGGUCGGAAACCCAUUCGACCCAGCAGUUUUCCAGGGUGCUCAAACAUCGCAGAUGCAGUUGGACAAGAUUCUUGGCUACGUCGAGAAGGGUAAAGAGGAAGGUGCACAUCUCCUUACUGGUGGUGAGAGAGAGGGUAACAAGGGUUACUUCAUCAAGCCUACUUUGUUCACAGAGGCCAAGCCUGGUAUGGCUAUCUACGAGGAGGAGAUCUUCGGACCAUUCGGUGUGAUCACCAAGUUUGACACUCCGGACGAAGCCCUUGCUCUUGCUAACAACUCCGAGUAUGGUCUUGCAGCUGGUAUCCACACAGAGAACCUUAACACAGCUAAAUAUGUCUCCGACAGACUAAGAGCCGGUACCGUGUGGAUCAACACUUACAACGAUUUCCACUAUGCCGUUCCAUUCGGUGGAUACAAGCAGUCCGGUAUUGGAAGAGAGAUGGGUAAGUCCUCAUUUGACAAUUACACCCAGGUUAAGGCCAUCAGAACAAAGAUCGAUGAGACCGUUGGCACUAAGCAGUAA